UCUGAUGCACUCGAGCCGAUUGUUGCAGUUUUAGCAACGUAAUCUUGAAACAUGAGUAAACUAUUGUUUUUCUUCAAGGUGUUUGUGACGCUGUUGUUUGUUUAUGAACUUGACGGGCUUCCGUACAGCCACUUCGAGUCAAGAAAUCAGCGUGGAGAGGUGAAAGAGCCGCACAUCACGGAGCUGUUCUUCACACAGAUUCUGGACCAUUUCAACUUCAACAGCUUUGGCAACGGCACCUUCAACCAGAGAUACCUGCUCAUAGAUAAUUUCUGGAAGAAAGGCUAUGGUCCGAUUUUCUUCUACACUGGAAAUGAGGGAGACAUCUGGGAGUUCGCUCUGAAUUGUGGAUUCAUCACAGAGUUAGCUGCUCAGCAGAGAGCUCUGGUCAUAUUUGCUGAACACAGGUUUUACGGCAAGUCUCAGCCGUUUGGCAAAGACUCAUUCCUCAUCCCUCAGGUCGGCCUGCUGACAGUGGAGCAGGCGCUCGCUGACUACGCUGUCAUGAUCACAGAACUGAGACAGCAACUGGGGGCCACAGAGUGUCCUGUCAUCGUGUUUGGUGGCAGUUAUGGUGGGAUGUUGUCAGUUUAUAUGAGAAUCAAGUAUCCAAACAUCGUGACCGGAGCUCUGGCUGCCAGCGCCCCCAUCCUGUCCACUGCAGGGAUUGGAGACCCUGCACAGUUCUUCCGAGACGUUACAGCGGAUUUUGAAAAAGUUGCUCCUGAAUGCACCAAUGCAGUAAGAAGCGCUUUCCAUCAGCUGAAAGAGUUGGCAGACAAUCGAGUCUUCAGUCACAUCCAGUCGGAGUUCCUGCUCUGUAAAGCUCCGACAUCUGAACAGGACAUCCGGCAGCUCUACAUGAUGCUGAGGAAUGCCUUCACCCUUAUGGCCAUGCUGGAUUACCCCUACAGCACGUACUUCAUGGGCAAGAUGCCGGCUAACCCUGUCAAGGUGGCGUGUGAAACCAUGCUGAGAGGACCUGACCUUCUAGCUAACCUCAGGAACACUGCAGGAAUCGUGUACAACACGACCGGGACGCUGACCUGUUUUGACCUGUACGGCCUCUUCAUAGAGUGUGCUGAUCCCACUGGCUGUGGACUCGGCUACGACAGCCUGGCCUGGGACUACCAGGCGUGCACAGAGAUCAGCCUUUGCUACGAGAGCAACAACGUGACCGACAUGUUUCCUCCUCUGAGCUUCAGCGAGAGCGACCGAGAGCAGUACUGCUUCAGGCGCUGGGGAGUGGUUCCCCGGCCAAACUGGCUCAAAACGCAGUACUUUGCUGACGAACUCUCCUCCACAAGCAACAUCAUUUUCUCCAAUGGAAACCUGGACCCGUGGGCUAACGGAGGGGUCAGACAGUCGCUCAGCCCCUCACUCAUAGCGCUGAACAUCACAGGAGGAGCUCAUCACCUUGAUCUAAGAGGGUCCAAUGAUGCAGAUCCAGUGUCAGUAAUCAUCGCCCGCAGGACUGAAGCAAACUUGAUUGCACAGUGGGUCGACAACGAGAGGAUCCGAUUAAGAAGAUCGCCUUAGAUCACUGUUUGUUUCAGGAAUUCUGUUUCCUGUCAAAUCAAACCUAAGAUCAUCAUGGAACAGUUGAUGUUUAAACUAUAAAAGAUUUACUCACCUGUAGUAAAAAAAAAGGGGUUUUAAAUAAUGUUCAUCACUUUAAGGGAUAAGGUUUCCCUUGUAGCUGAACCAAACAUUUCUUUAACGCUGAAGUGAUUGAUUUAGCGUGUUUGAACAGAAAUAAACCCAAAUUUAAUCAAAUUAAACUCCCAGAAUAUGCAGAGCACCUGAAUCUAUUCAGAACAGGACACUGAAAUCAAUGAAUUUUGAACAACCUUGAUGUAAGUGAUUAUUUUAUAUGGGAUAAAAUUGUUGCUACUUCAUCAUCUUGUUUGAUUUCUUUAUCGCCUUGCCAUUUCAGCUCUCAAGUGUAAUGUCUUGUUUUUUUUACGAUUAAUAAAGUUUAAUUUUCUGAUUAA